CUUAUAACCAGAUCGGAGAUAUUUUGAGAAGAAAGUCAAGAAUAGGUUGACCCAAGUGAAGUGAUGUGUUAAGGUUGUCUCAGCCUCGCGGCCGGCUAUUUUAGGCUGGCAGCUUACUGUACUGUACAUUCCUAGCAAGCAACAUCCCUCCGGACGACCUCGAGGCUGGAUCAACAACACUAUGCCAAUACUUCCGCCCUGCUCGACAAGAAGCACCUUAUGAGUGCCACGGCAUAGAUGCUCGACCCUCCUUAACGCCACGAUUACGAUCGAAGUCGCAGUCGCGAUCUCGUCGUGGCCCGAUGACUGCCGAUUCACAUCUCUCCCAAAAUCCCCGGCUUGGAAAGGAUGUGUCGUCCACAACACAGAACGCGGCCCUGAGAGGGGCAUCGUUGGCUUUUGGCAAACCUCCUGUGAAGCUCAAACCGCAAAUCAAUAAUUACAGUGGGGAUGGUUGGGCAUUGGCUGCGGCGACAAAGGUUGGAGGAGCGAGUCCACAUCAACAAGGCAGAUACGCCUCUGAUACGAGACAAGACGCCCCGGGAGAUGGCCAGAGCUUGUCAUAUCAAAAUACGGGGUCGAGCGUUGGAGGACAAUCAUACAUGGGAGGCUCGGAGCGACCUAAUAUCCAGCAACGGAUAAGUCAACUUGGAGGGACCGGCUUCUUGCAACCUCCAGGAGGCACUGCAGACCACUCGAAGUCUCCCUCCUUUAUAGCUGCAACUCUGGCGGCCUCGAGGUCAGCUUCGGUUAGUCCGAAUCCUACUGGGCAGCGGCAACCUCACUGGGAGAGGUCUUCCGGCCUUGGGCCGAGAUCUCCGUCUGCGAGAAGUGGUGGAAGCUCUUCGAGGGAGAGCAUUGAUCAGCCGCUGGAUACCACACCAAUUCCUCCAACUACUUCGUUGAUUGGAAUGUUUGAGCAAACUGCUACGUCCCCACCGAGCUUCAAACGGCCACCUGGGAGAAGAUCAGCAACAUCGACUUCCAGGCGGCCUCCUGGCCCACCCCGUGCCGCUUCCCCUCUGCCUGCGAGGACCCUUACACCAUCACCAAUGCCAGCUAAGCCUCGAAAGCCAGAGAUUAAGUCGCCCAAACCUACUUUAACACAAGUAUCAAGACAACCCGUCCAAUCCGACCCUCCUGGGACUCCUCCAGUAGCCGCAAAACCCACGUUACCUGCCUCAAAACCAAUCCCAAUCCCAAUCUCAACCAAAACCGCAAACGACGAAGACGAUGCCUCCUCAGAUGACUCUUUCGUGUCAGCCUCCGACUACAAGCCCUCAUUUCGUGCUUCCCUUAACCAGCAGAAUCGCCGUCUUACCUCUACCUCGAAAGCAUCUGUCGACUCAGAAGUCGCAACAAUCGAUUCCCUUGCUAAUGCAAUCGUAGCUUCUUCUAUUGCCUCCUCCCGGGCAGCCUCUCCUUCAAGAAAUCUUGCCCACCAGCAAUUACUUUACCCUCCCCCUCCCCCACCCAGCCGACGGAAUAAUCACAGUGGCCGCGGCUACCUCUUCCAGCCCAUAAUUAAGGAACUCUCCCGUACCCCAUCCCCGGCUAAACAAGUCGGGUUACGUACUACGAUGCGGAAACCAAAAUCAAAAGAGGAAUUAGACGAUGGAGAACGUAAGAGGGGAAGGAGAAACCUCAUGAAAAAGCAUCCCCACAAACAUCACGAAGGGGACAGAAAACGCUGGCGAGAUUCCAUCACAGAAAGAGAACGGAAACGGUAUGAAGCUGUGUGGGCUUCCAAUAAAGGACUAUUUAUGUCCGGUUCUGAUGAGGGAGAGGAAUAUACGGUGUGCAGUCUUGUCGUGAGAGACAUCUUCUCGCGGUCGAGAUUGCAUGUUGAUGUUUUGGAAGAGGUGUAUACGUUGGUUGAUAGGAGCCAAAAUGGGAGGCUGGAGAGGGAGGAGUUUGUUGUGGGAUUGUGGUUGAUUGAUCAGCGAUUGAAGGGGAGGAAGCUGCCGAUUAAGGUUAGUGAUAGUGUUUGGAAGAGUGUGGGGGUUCUUGGGGGAAUUAAGGUCAAGAAGGCAGGGAAGUAAAGCAGGACACGACAUUCCACGCCCUUUGGAUAGAUGAGAUGAGUCGAGUUAAUACCCUUAGUGUAGUGGUGUUUGGAUGAGAUAGAGAUAUUAGUUAAUGAACAUUUGACGGUGAGUCGCCAAUCUAGAAUGUGGGGAUCAGCGUUCUUCUCUCUAUCAGUUCUAUUGAUUCGACUCCCGUGACCAUACCUU